GGAAUAUGCCUCGUGAAAAAAUGAUUUCACACCAACCGGGAUAUCUGUUCUAAAGCCAUAAUCUUUUAUAGAACGCAAGCCAAGUUUCGUUUAUAGCAAGUAUGAUUUCAGACAGCAACAUUGUGUCCGAAUGGCUUCGUGCCAUGCACCUCGUCCAGUACGCUGAUAGUUUCAUUGACAAUGGUUACGACGAUCUUGAAAUUUGCAAGCAGAUUGGAGAACCUGACUUGGAUGCCAUAGGGGUGGAUAACGGUGCUCACAGGGAGAUUAUUCGACGUGCGGUGAAACGGCUCAUCCAAGAGGGAGGAACAUCAGUGUAUUUUACCCUGGAGGAACAGAAUCCGACACCAAGUAGUUCGGAUGAUUAUGAAAAUUGUGCUGGAGCAGUGUCGGCUUCAUCAUCGCCGGCCCAGUGUCGUAGACCGACAUUUGUUCGCCACCAAUCAGUGCCGUCUAAUGUGCGUGGUAAUGGUAAAUCAAGUUACCAUCACCAUUACCACCAGCACCGUGGGAACGGGAUAGCCCACGAAGCGACGUCUCUGGAUUCUUUGAGAGACAACAAUGUUGCUACAACAGGGUGCAUGCCUCGAUUGUGUGGCGGGGAGGACGGCACCCACUGGACAUACGCAGUUACGGAUGACAAACGAUCUCCAGUCCUCCAUCGCUCCACCCUCAGAUACCUGAGGGACGAUGAGAGGAUCAUCCACAACAAUUGCGAACAGCAACCUCAUCAGAAAAAGUCAGUGGUGUCUCUGCCGAGGAGGUUGGACAAGGAUGGCAAUCGUGCUUCGAGACGAACUAAUUUGGAUAGUGAUAAACCGUCUAGGAGGACCACGGCGGAUAGUGACGAGGAAUUGACACCCAGGGUAUUUGGUGGUCGCAGAUACCUUGAUGAAUACGAGGAAGGAAAAGCAGAGUUGGGUAGAUAUCCGAAGAUGCAACUUAAGAAUUUAGUGAAGGAAAAGUUAAUAAGGGACGGUAUACGACUGAGUGCACAGCCCUACAGUAAUUCGGAUGGCAGCAGAGGUCAUUUGGAGAGUCUGGCGCAGCGCUACGCUGAUGAGCUUCAUACCCACCCCAAAGACGUCCUUUCUCGUCUGGAAGAGAUUCGGAAGAGAAGAGUUGCCAUCGACUUCCCGCCUAUGCCGCCCCAGGGUGAUAACUUAUCCUUAAAAGCCAAUAGAAAUUUCAAACCAGGGAAAUAUUCGCCGUCCAGCUGCCUGAGUGACCACGAAGAAGAAAGUAUCUAUUGUUUAUACGAAGUUCCUCCCACUUUUGCUACAGACGCCGCCCCGUCCCCUGCCAAUGCCGCCGCAGUACCUCCGGACCCCCUUCGGCCGACUAGGCAAAGGUGUCUGAGUCCACGAUCGAGGUAUUUCUACGAGCCAUGUCCGUUUCCUGCCGCAGAUUCUAAUUCCUCUACGGAUGCUCCUUCGGAGCAAAACAAGAAACGGGGCCCGCUGGGACGCCUCUUUCGCAGCCUGGGACCCAAAAAGGACCGGGAAAAGGUUUCGCCUCGCCACAAAUGUGCCAAACCCCAGCAUCAGCAUCAUUUCAAUGUCAAAUACCUAGCAGAAGGUUCUCGUCUGCAAAUAGGUGAUGUCGGUUUACAGGGUUCUGAAGAUGAUCAAGUCCGGUUGCUAAUUCAACUCGUUCGGGAUGGAUUCCUCUCCAUGGAAGAUGCCAUAGACAGGAUACAGCCAAAAGAUGUUGAUAAACUCAAUGAAAUCAAUGCUCAUGAAAAAAAUUGA